GUAAUGAACAUAGCAUACUAUCAACAUGCAACUGGUGCUAAUUCUAGCGGGGGUUGUGGCUGCACAGCCUUUGAAGGCGUUGAGGCUUGCAGGUCCCCGCCGACCUCAAGAUCUUUUUCCAGUUUAGCCUGGUGUGAACCAAGAAAGCCUUAUAACCAGCCGCACAACUCCGUAAAGAUCCAAGAACCGUCUCAGGAUUCGGCAAAAUGUCGAACCAAACGUCCACAGACGCUGGAGACUCAUCUUCACUCCUCAUCACCAAGGUGGAGUCUUCUGGGAACCCCAUCAACGCCCACAGCUACCAACAAAUCCCGAACAACACCACAGAGCAUAGCGCAGGACAAGCCUCGCAACACGGAGCAUCGUCUUUCAACCCCUCUGAGCCCGACAAACCUCACCUCAUCUCACAUCAGAAAGACUUCUUCUUGGACUGGACCUUAAAGAUCCUCGGCGUAGCAUGCGCCAUCCUCUUCGGCAUCUGGGCACCAAUAUCCUUCAAACUCGCAUCCGACGGCAACAAGGAGAACGAUGCAUCGCAAAAAGCCGUCUUCUCUCAACUAGGCGAUAUGCGACAGCAAGCAGCGACCGCCGCACAGAUGCAGAACGCCGCCGCCACUGCAAUGGCCAAUGUUCAGUUCGCUGCUGCGAACGUCAUGGCCGAAGUGCAACAUCAACUGGAUCGCAUGGGGAAGCUCAGAGCAUGGGAGUUCUGUGAGGGAAGGGCAGAGCAGAUCCGAUAUUGUAGAGAAUUGAGCUCCUCGGGUGAUGUUGGUACUUUGGUGUACCAAUUGGGCGGCCUGGGACCUACCAAAUCCCUUUCAAUUACGACCUCCAGCGUGAUCCCGGUCGCGUCGAUCAGCAACAGUGUACCUGUAAGCCAAUCUAACGAGCCUUCUGCUGGCUCUUCUGGUGCAGGAGUGCCAAAAGACGUCUUAGCUGUAGUAUUGGGUUCGGUGUUUUCUGUGAUUGUGGUGGUUGGACUCGUUGUCGGCCUGCUGGCAAGAAGGAGGCGGUGGAAGAAGAUGAACGAGGGAGUUUCAUAGCUGAGCACCAGAAGUGCUUGCGACGAGCGCGUGGAUGAUACUCCUUCGCCGUCCAUGAAACCGUGCACAUAUGCUUCACCACCUAGCUGCCAGUGACCGCUUUGGCUUUC